CGUUGUAGCUACCUAGCUACAUAUGUACCGUGAAAGGAGGCAGAGUUUGGUAGAGUUGAAGCAGCUGAAGUGAUCCGUGCUGUAUUCUCUGUUUGUACACACGUAUGGAACGUGAAAAUUUUGCGUGAAGUUCAAGCAUAACAUGGAGUGUACUAAUGUUACUCACAUUUUCGUUUUACAAAACGGUUAUACAUAUCCAGAUUUUUCAGUUGAAGAUAUGCUAUGAUAUAGGUUAAUUCAAGUACAAUAAAACGGACUGAGUUUGUUACCAAGAAGAUUUGAAAGAAUCUCGCAAAUUUCCAAGCAUAACCUCAAAUACACAGAAAAACAGUCUUUAAAAUGCGCUACGAUAUCAUCUGAUACAUUAUAUUGGAAGUUUCGUUCUUACGUAAAUAUGAUGCAGAUCGAAACAAUAGUAUGCUAUCGAAUUUGCAGACAAUUCAUGCAUCAUGUUGUAAGACGCAGAAUACAGCAUGUAAGGCUCGGGUCAAGUUUAAAAAUUGCGAUGAAUUUUAUGUAUCACAGACGUUACUCAAGUAAAGUUACAGGCAUUGUUCUUGGAAUUGAAACAAGUUGUGAUGAUACUGGGUGUGCUAUUGUGGACAGUAAUGGAAAGAUCCUAGGGGAGGCAUUGAAUUCUCAGCAACAGAUUCAUCUCAACCAUGGUGGUAUAAUUCCCCCAAUUGCCCGUGACCUACACAAACAACACAUAGAACAUGUAGUUCAUGAUGCCUUGAGGAUAGCAAGUAUCGAGCUUUCAGAUGUAGAUGCAAUAGCAACAACUGUGAAACCUGGUCUACCCCUGUCACUUGUUGUUGGCAUGAAUUAUGGGAAGCACCUGUCUCGCACAUCAGGGAAGCCUUUAAUUCCAGUACACCACAUGGAGGCCCACGCUCUCACGAUCCGAAUGGUACAGAAGGUUGACUUCCCAUUCUUGGUUCUUCUUAUUUCUGGAGGGCACUGCCUCUUAGCUGUAGUGCAGGCUGUGGACAAGUUCUUGCUGCUGGGGCAAAGUUUGGAUGAUGCACCAGGAGAAGCUUUUGACAAGGCAGCUCGGCGACUGAAGUUGCGAAACCUGCCAGAGUUUCGAACAUUGUCAGGUGGCAGGGCCAUUGAGCUAGCGGCUAGCAAGAGUACAGAUCCUCAGGCAUUCGAGUUCCCCAUGGUGAUGGCACAGUACAGAGACUGCAAUUUCAGCAUGGCUGGCAUCAAGAACUGUGUCCGCAGACACAUUCUGCAGCAGGAGAAACUGCAUGGUGUCGAAGGAGAUGAGUUGAUCCCAGAUGUAUUCAACCUGUGUGCAGGCAUUCAGAUGGCAGUCACACGUCACUUGUGUCAGCGUUUGCAACGUGGUAUGGAGUUUGUGACCCUGCAGAACCUUCUGCCCAGAGAUAACAAAACCUUGGUGCUGUCUGGAGGUGUGGCAUGCAACACAUUCAUCAAGCGUGCCAUGGGGCUAGUCUGUCAGCACAUGGGCUACUCACUGGCUGUCCCCCCACCACAUCUUUGUACUGACAAUGGAAUCAUGAUUGCCUGGAAUGGCAUAGAGAGACUGUGUGCAGACAUUGGCAUCACUCAUGACUUGGACUCUGUGGACAUUGACUCAAAUGUUCAAGAAAAUCAAGAAGCCUGCCACAUGUGAUAUGCAGUCUGUAAUCGUUUUUUUGAAUGCAAGAAACAUGAAACCAGCUGACAUUCAUUAACUUUGUGAGGUGUAUGGAGAACAGGCCAUGAGUGAUUCAGUGGUACGGAGAUCGGUAAGACACUUUAAUGAAGAACACGAAAAUGUGCAUCACGAUCCGCAGAGUGGCUGACUGUCUGUGGUUAAUGAAGAUGUGUGUGCAGUGAAAGAGAAGAUUCAAGAGAACAGACGAUUCGCCAUUUCAUCACUUUCCCUGCAUUUUCCAUAAAUUUCACGAUCACUUCACAAAAUUACGUCUGAUAAACUAUGUUUUCGGAAAUUGUGUUUGUGCUGGGUGCCGAAGAUGCUUAAGGAUACAGCAAAUUAGAAUCUCUAAAUAAGUGUUGCCUGAAGAUGGCCUCUUGAGGCAUGUAGCAGCAUAAUAACAUGUGUGUGUGUGUAUAUAUUAAUAUUUCAGUAAUUUUAAUAACAUUUUAUACACAUAACGAUCAGUGUAUGAAUUAAAUGUGAAUUAAUUUGUUGCAUUAUAGAUGGAAAAUGAAAAAGACUAUAAACGUACAUCAAUGCAACAGGAUGCUCAAAAUAUGGUGGAAAGUAUGUCAAAAAGUAGUGUACGGUAUUUCAUAUUUAUUUUGCAUUCAUACUGUUACAACUGCAACACUUGAACAAGUCAACUCACCAAAUACAUCAUUGUCAAAAGCUCCACAAUCCUAGAAUGUAUCAGACUAUAAACAAAAACUGUACUUGCCCUAUAACAUCACUAAGAAUUUUAAAAAUAUAACAAUAACUACUACAAUUCCCUUUUCUUCUCUUUUUUUGUUAAUUAAAAAACCUUGCUAUGCUUCCUCAUGUCCCUGUUGAAUGUACAUCAAACAGCAAUAUAAAUGGUUUGGAUAUAAAUUCUUGUUUUUUUUAGUAGCCCAUCAGAAAACCUACAUACAUGUAUGUUGACAUAUCUGUAGAUUGAUGUUCUUGU